AUGAAGCCCUCGGCAAUAAUCAGCUUCACUUUUCAAGCGCCGGUAGGAGAAGGCAACUCUCUACUGGUGGUUUUCCUCAACGGCUGGGGUCUAUCGCAGCAGUUCCGGGCUCUGAUCAUUGCCAAACUGAAAUCUCUCAGCCGGCAGAUGUUACCCCAGAGGCCCUCCGCACAGCUCGCGAACUCAUCUAAAAAAAUCUUCCAUCCCAGCGUAGGAAGUAAAGAAGGGUUGAGUCGGAGCAACUUACCUUCCCUCCUGCCUGAAAGUGACAAGCCGAUUUUGCAAGGGCCUGAUGGGAACGUGCCGUUUGUGACCAUCGUUGGGCACGACUUUCACACUUUUGCUGCCGAAUCUGCUCCGAUGGGCAACCCUGAGUCAGUCACCAAGGCUUACACGAACCCAUUUCUGGCACUGCUAUAA